AUGGCAGCACAUCUAGAUCCAAUCGAUGAAUUCAGUACCCCAGAAGCUGUCCUCAAACUGGGCAUUAUUGACCCAGAGCUGGAAGAGUUACUCAAAGUUACCCCGCCCCGCAAGCUCGAUUUGACCCUUUCACCAGAAACGGUGCGAACAAUCGUAGCAGGAAUGGAAAAGCAAGCUGCAGAUGCCGCACCAACCCGCGGAACCACAGAAUCCAUUCACACAAUCACCCUCCGCGACGGACACAAGAGUGAAAUCCGCGUGGUCCACCCAGAAAAGAAACCUGAAUCAGGAAGUCCACUCCUCGUCCUCUUCAACGGCGGAGGCUUCUUCAACGGCACAAACCUUCAACUAGUAGUUUGGGCCCGUAACACCGCCUAUCUAUACGGCGCUACAGUAGCUUUACCAUCCUACCGCCUCGCACCGGAACACCCAUUCCCCAUCCCCCAACAAGACGCAUGGGAUAACAUUAAAUGGCUCGCAGCUAAUGCUUCCACAAUCGGCGCGGAUACCUCGAAAGGAUUCGUCGUCGGUGGUGGAUCUGCGGGUGCUACGCUUGCUGUUUCAGUUACGCAUCGUGCGCUGAAGGAGAAACUUUCUCCGGCGCUGACUGGUCUUUUCGCUAAUGUACCUGGUACUUUGGCGGAUCCGAUUGUGCCAGAGAAGUAUCGGGAUGUGUGGCUUGCGAGGGAACAGAAUAGUGAGUCUCCUGUUCUAGGGAAGCAGGCUAUGGAUCAUAUUUCUUCGUUGUAUAAGCCUGAUCUGUUUUCGGAGGAUUAUUCUCCGUUUAAUUUGGAUGUUCCGUUUUCUAAGGUCCCGAGGACUUAUAUUCAGGUUGAUGGCAUGGAUUCGUUGAGGGAUGAUGGUAUUAUUUAUGCGAGGGCUUUGAGAGAGGAAGGUGUUGAUGUGAAGCUGGAUGUUUAUCCUGGUUGUCCUCAUGGUCAUCAGAUUAUGUGGCCGCAGCUGAAACAGUCUGGGAAAUGUCAGGUGGAUGUUCUUGAGAAUAUUGGAUGGCUGUUGAAGAAUCCGGUGGAUAGGGAGGGUAUCAAGGAAUUGUUCGCUGAGACUAAGUAA